CUCUUGCUCCUCCCCUGAAGUAGGCAGUAACCAGCUCGUCAUCCUGCUCGUUUGCCCAACACUUUUUUUUUGUUGCACAUUCACAAGGAGUGUGUGUGUGUGUGUGUAUGUGUGUGUGUGAGAGAGUGUGAGUCUGCCUGAGUGUGUGUUUUCUAGUUUGUCCAUUUGCACACAAACCUCCUCUCCUGUCGGAUAUAUUCCUCUUCCUCCUCUUCUUCCCCCUGAAGCUCGAUCCUCUGGGACUUUAUUCAUUCCAGGGAGAGUCUAAGAGAGGAGAUAAAAAAAAGAAAGCAAAGAAGGAGAAAGAGAGAAACCUGGAGGUGGAGAAGAAGGGCGUUCAUACUUCGAAGUAACCAUGGAAGUUCCUGGUAUGCAGAGUUCUCAGAUCGAUCCGGAGGAGUUGUUCACCAAACUGGAUCGGAUUGGAAAGGGAUCUUUUGGAGAGGUGUUCAAAGGCAUCGAUAAUCGCACCCAGAGCGUCGUCGCCAUCAAGACGAUCGACCUGGAGGAAGCGGAGGACGAGAUCGAGGACAUCCAGCAGGAGAUCACGGUGCUCAGUCAGUGCGACAGUCCGUACAUCACAAAGUACUUCGGCUCCUACCUGAAGGGCAGUAAACUAUGGAUCAUCAUGGAGUAUCUCGGUGGAGGCUCGGCGCUCGACUUGCUGCGGGCGGGUCCCUUCGAUGAGACUCAGAUUGCCACCAUGCUGAAGGAGAUCCUGAAGGGGCUGGACUACCUGCACUCUGAGAAGAAGAUCCACAGAGACAUCAAAGCUGCCAACGUCCUGCUGUCCGAACACGGUCAGGUGAAGCUGGCGGAUUUCGGGGUGGCCGGUCAGCUGACGGACACGCAGAUCAAAAGGGAAACCUUCGUGGGAACGCCGUUCUGGAUGGCUCCUGAGGUGAUCCAACAGUCCGCCUACGACUCAAAGGCUGAUAUCUGGUCUCUGGGCAUCACGGCCAUCGAACUCGCCAAGGGAGAACCUCCGAACUCGGACAUGCACCCGAUGCGGGUUCUGUUCUACAUCCCCAAGUCUCCUCCGCCGACGCUGACCGGAGAGUUCUCCAAGAGCUUCAAAGAGUUCUGCGAGGCGUGCCUCAACAAGCAGCCCGCUUUUCGCCCCACAGCCAAGGAGCUCCUCAAACACAAGUUCAUCGUCAAACACUGCAAGAAGACGUCCUACCUCAGCGAGCUCAUCGACAGGUACAGGCGGUGGAAGGAGGAGGGGCACAGCGACAGCGACUCUGAAGACUCUGACGGGGAUUCCAGUAAUAAGGAGAACAGCGAGUCACCUGAUUGGUCCUUCACCACCGUCCGUAAGAAGAAGCCGGACGGCAGGAAGGUCCUCAAUGGAACGCUUCAGGAUCAGCAGAGUAGAUCUUCCAGUCUCGCCACAGUCAUCUCUCCGGUCUUCACUGAGUUAAAGCAGCAGCACAAAGAACAUUCGGAGCAGCGGUUGGCCAUCGAGGAGCUGGAACGCAACAUCCGAUUGGCCGAAGACGUCUGCCCGGGCAUCACGGACAGGAUGGUCACAAACAUCAUUGCCAGGUACCAGAAAUAGAUUCUCGAGCAACUGAAGGCCGACGGAUGGAUUGGAAAAAAAGAAGAAGUACGUUAUGUGAAGAGAGACUGUGUCUCCGUACGGUGACGCUGCUGGACGAUUGGAAACCCCGAGGAGAUUUGCUGUGCGAUGUCUCCUCACUGUACACACACACACACACACAUCACACAAACAUUCACACACAUACACACACACUACCAAUGUAAUAUAUACACUAUAUAUAAUGUAUAAAUGAACUCCCUGCUGCUGGUUGAAGCCCCUUUUUUCUGCCCAAGUUGAAGUUUUCCGCUCUUUUUUGUACGUCUUUGAGCUUUACGUUGAAUACCUCUUCAAUAACACGCCGAACGUUUGUUCAAACUUGACUCAAACGCGAUUCCACAAGUCGUCAAUAUUGUACCCAGUGCCUUAAAAACUCACAAUACUCGAAUGAUGUCAUGUUUUUUUUGUUAAACCGAGCACAGAGAGUCAGAAAGAAAGGGUUUUUGUCCAUCAGCAGUGGUGUAUGUGUUGCGUCAUGACUUGCCUUGACUUUGUAGAUGUUGAAAUGUUUGUUCAGUAGCACUUGAGACGGAUGAUAUGCCAAUAUUACAUUUUUGUUGUUGUCUUCGGUAAUGCUUUGAGUUACAGCUCCCGGAUCCCUGAAUUCAGCUCCUCCAGAGCUCGACACGUACUGUAGAUCUUUCUGCUUUUAGGGUUCAAUGUUGGUGUUUUAAUCUUUGAUGACACAGGAGCUCAGAUUAGGAGUGUGCUUCAACUUUGAAGCCACAAUCUUUAGCGUUAUGAAGAGAGAUGCGGUUAUUCUCAACAUUUAAGGUGAAAAAAGGUUAAAAUUUAACAAUUAGGAAUCAAAUGAAGCACGUUUGUUUCUUCUCUUCCUUAAAAAAAGCAAUUUUGCACUUCAAUUUUCGGUACCAGGCUUUAGCCGAGCUAGCCAGCUAGCUUACCUGCUGUAGUAGCUAGCUAACCAUUAUCUAGUGCUAAGUAAAUGGAUCUAAAUCAAGCUAGUAAAGAAAAAGUAACAACCUAAAUGUUGAAGAUAGAUGCUAUUUAACCAGGGGAGAGGAGUUUGAAGGUUUUGGUCACAGAACUAGAAGCCUAGCUUAACUGUUAGCAUACAAAAAUGGGGGCUUUAAGAAUAGCAAUAAUUAAGGUAGGGACCAGGCUUUUUCCGAGCUAGCCAGCCAGCUAGCUAACCAUUAUCUAGUGCUAAAAUAUCUUCAAGUGAAUGAGUCCAAACCAAGCUAGUCAAGUAAAAGUUACAACCUAAAUGUUGAAGAUAGAUGCUAUCUAAGUGUAGUUUGAUGGUUUGGCCAUAAAAUUAGAAGCCUAGCUUAACUGUUAGCAUAAAACAAGCUUUAGCUGAGCUAGCCAGCUAGCUUACUGUUGAAGUAGUUAGCUAACCAUCAUCUCCUGCUAAAAUAUCUUCAAGUAAAUUAAUCCAAACCAAGCUAGUCAAGAAAAAGUACCAACCGUAAUUGUUGAAGAUAGAUGCUAUUCAACCAAGGAAGAGGAGUUUGAAGGUUUUGGUCACAGAACUAGAAACCUAGCUUAACUGUUAGCAUACAAAAAUGGGGCUUUAAGAAUAGCAAUAAUUAGGUAAAGGAUCAGGCUUUAGCCAAGCUAAGCAGCUAGCUAGCUAACUGUUGAAGUAGCUUAACCAAACUAGUCAAGUAAAAGUAACAACCUAAAUGUUGAAGAUAGAUGCUAUUUAACCGGAUAAGUGGAGUUUGAAGGUUUUGAUGACAGAACCAGAAACCUAGCUUAACUGUUAGCAUAAAAUAAUUUGGGCUUUAAGAACAACGAUGAUUAGGUAAGGGGUCAGGCUUUAGCUAAGCAGCCAGCUAGCUAACUGUUGAAGUAGCUAGCUAACCAUCAUCUCGUGCUAAAAUAUCUUCAAGGAAAUGAGUCUAAACCAAGCUAGUCAAGAAAAGGUACCAACCUAAAUGUUGAAGAUGGAUGCUAUUUAAGUGUAGUUUGAUGGUUUUGGUCACAAAACUAGAAGCCUAGCUUAACUGUUAGCAUAAAAUAAUUUGGGCUUUAAGAACAACGAUGAUUAGGUACGGGAUCAGGCUUUAGCUGAGCUAGCCAGCUAGCUAACUGUUGAAGUAGCUAGCUAACCAUCAUCUCCUGCUAAAAAAUCUUCAAGUAAAUGCAUCUAAAGCAAGCUAGCCAAGAAAAAGUACCAACCUAAAUGUUGAAGUUAAAUGCUAUUUAACCAGUUAAGUGUAGUUUCAUGGUUUUGGUCACAGAACUAGAAGCCUAGCUUAACUGUUAGCUCUAAAAACGGGGCUUUAAGAACAGCGGUAGCUAAGGAAGUGAUCGUGAUGUGUGAAUGUACAAUCUGGGAUUCCAUUUUGUGGAUUCUUGUCGUAAAAAUCAGACGGUUUGAGAAAGGAUAACUUAACAAAGUGAGUAGUUUGAGAAUCUACAAGCAAGGUACAACCGUGCUGUCUUUCAGUGUGCGUCAAGUUUGGGAAAUCAUUGAGAGAAGUCCAACUCGUCUUUAAAGUUUGACUUCUAACGUAACGCUUAGACGUCCAGGUUGUUUUAAACGCCUCACGCUGGAGAGCAGCACGGAUCCUUUUUCAUGACGGGAGCUGUGCUCAAAGGCAUUACUGACAGUUUGUACCAAAGACACUAUAAAAUUGGUCAUUGUAUAUUUUUUGCCUUUUUUAUAUAUAUAUAUCAUAAGGGAUACAACAAUGCUUGUUAAGGGGGGAAAUGUAAAGUGAAAGAUGUAAGAUUUUACAGAAAUGUACUCUUUUUGUAGCGGGUCUUUAGAGUUUUAUGAAUAAAUAUUUAAGUUUGAUUGAGAAAUAAA